AUUGGGCGCACUCUGUAAAAGCGCCCCGUGUGUACGCCUAUUGGGCGCACUGUGUCACCGCGUCCUCCCGUAGGGGAGAGAGGAGAUCCCCGUCGUCACCUGCACACCUCACGCUGCUCUCGUCUCGCGGCCGCGAUGUCGGGGUCCGGACCCCCUCAGCUGCGAACCCCCGAACUGGACAUCGACCUGGGCAGCGACUCGGAGCUGACGGGGCCCCCUUGCCGGGGUCUCCUGGAGGCGGAGGAGCCCCCGUUCCACGCCAGCUCGCUGCGGCUCGCCAUCACCGAUCCCGAAGGGGAGCCCGAGCGGUCCCCGUGGCGUGGGGGCGUUGGGGUCCUGGGGGUCCCGUGCGGCCCGCGGGGGACCGUGGUCUCCACGGUGACGAGGCUUCGCGUCGAGACCAUCACCCCGGGGCCGAGGACCGCUGCCAAGGAGGCGAAAGUGAAACAUUUCUUCGUGUUCAGGCCGGGAUCGCUGGAGCAGGCUGUGAGCGAUGUCAAGGCGCUGAUGAGUCCCGUGGAGGAUGGAGAAAUGCAGAGCGUGUGGCUCCUCACUGAGGUGGACCACUGGAACACGGAGCGCGAGCGGCUGGUGCUGCUGGCGGAGCGCUCGAUGCUCGUGUGCAAGUACGACUUCAUGAGCCUGCACUGCCGCCGCGUGCGCCGCAUCCCCCUGCGCUACGUGGAGACCGUCACCACGGGGGCCUUCCUCUUCCCGCACAAGUCGCUCAGCAAGCGUGAGGGCGUGGGCGUGCGCGUGGAGUGGGACCGCGUGGCCCACGCGCCGUUCUGGACCCAGUGGAACCCGUUCUCGGAGGAGCUGCCCUACACCACCUUCACGCAGCACCCCAUGGCCUCCGCUGACGAGAAGAUCGCCGCGCUCUGCCAGAUCACCAGCUUCCAGACGCAGCUGGUGCAGGCUGUGCAGCGGGCGCAGCGGGGGGUUGACGGCGGGUCGCGCGCGCCGGGCGAGGUGGGCGUGGAGGUGUGCGCCACGCUGGCCGUGCAGGACGCACCGCUCCGCAUCGACACCUACGUGGGGCUCGUGUCGCUCAUUGGCAACGAGGCCCGGCUCGGCUACUCCAUGGCGCGGGGCCUCUUCGGCUUCUAGGCGAGGGUGGGCCCGGGCGGUGCCCCCCCGACCGUCCCCCCGGGUUGCGGGGGGGGGUGGUCACGGGGGGGGGGGGCGAUGGGCACCGCCGGAGACGCACGCACGCACGCACUCAACGGAGACUCACACGCACACAUUGCAGACAGAGACACGCACGCACACUGGAGACACACACAGAUGGUAGUCACUGCCUGUCUCUGGUAGUGGUGUGGAGGUACCGCCUGACUCCUGGUUGGUGAACGUCUCCGGUGGUACCUCGCCGUGGCUGUGCGCCCCCAGCUGCUUGAGCCGACGCCGCACGCUGUGCACUUUAUUUACCCUUAUCGCCCUCGCUCGCCCGCUCGCUUCACCGCCCUUUAGCGAGGAGGUGGCGGCGGCGGGGAUGGGCGUUCAAAGCCUAUGCGUAUCCAGCGUCGGCCCUUCUCUUGCAAGCUGCCGAGCUUGCGCGUGACGAGAGUCGCUCCCUGGCUGACCGUGUGAAUUGCCACUAUUCGCGUGUCGCGUCGUCGUAGCUCGAGAACGGAUUUCUUGGUGCCCGUGCUGUUCGUUUACUUCGCUUUGUUGAUUCGGUGUGACUCAGUGUUGCUCAAAACUUGUUUAGCCCCCCGCGGACCGCUCAGUCGAUGAUGACCCACCUGGCCUCCCAACCCCUGGUGACAAAACGUAUUUGCGUCUCUCUCUAAAUUAUUCAUUUUACAGGAACGUCUUUUAUUUUACGCAGCUGUAAGGUUUUUUGUUGUUGGGGGGGGUGGGUGGGUGGGAGGCCAUUUAGAUCUUGGGGUUAGGGUCAUUCAAUCAGGAUCGUUCUCUGGUCUGCUGGUGAGACGAGGCCAUAGAGAAGGCUGCUGUCUCUGUGUCUCUGGUGUAGGCCAAUCAGUUUCAAAGACGAGGCGUAGAUUAGAGAAUGUUUGUGUGCAUGGUCACCACAGGUACUCUGUGCGUGGUUAAUGCAGUAACUUUAUUCCUUGCAAAAAGUUUAUAUUUGGUGUUUGAACAUCUUAACACUACUCGUGUUUUAUUACUGCCAGAAAGGCUGAAACCUCUUGUUAUUGUUCAUACUUUAUCGGGGCAGUUUACCCGACUUUAUUUAAAAAUUAAAUAUAAGUAAAGUGUUAA